CUCCUGAACUCUAAACAGGAUUAGACCAAAGCCUCUCUCUUCCCUGCUCAUCCUGACAUCAGCACAUUCUGCAGCUCGUCCAUGAUUCAGUGCUCACAGGAUUCUCCGUUGACUGGAGCUGGACGUUCUGCUUUUGACAGAUGAAGCUCUGAGACAAAGGUUUUCAAGAUGCAGCUUCCCUGGUUGCUGCUGGUGUGCCUCUGGUUCGUAGGCAUUACUCAUGUUUGGACAGCAACCUUCAAGCUGGCUCUGAUUGGCCCAUGGUCAUGUGACCCAAUGUUCUCGCGGGCAAUGCCGUCGGCGGCGGCUAACCUGGCGUUGUCACGGUUACGGAGCGACAGUGGUCUGAGCCGAGGAUACUGGUACGACGUGAAGCUGUUAGACGAGCACUGCUCCACUUCCAAAGCUCUAACAGAACUCGGGGACAUGGAGGGUUAUGGGCAUGCCUACAUUGGGCCUUUUAACCCCGCCCUCUGUCAGAGUGCAUCCUUAUUGGCCCAGCACUGGGAGGUGGGGCUCGCCUCUCCUGGCUGUCUGGACAAGGAAUGGCCAAACCUGUCCCCCAUCACCCGUCCCAGCAGCGUCCUGUUCACCGUGCUCAGGUUCUUCCGGUGGGCGCAUGUCGCCAUCAUCUCAGCUCCGACUGACCUAUGGGAGGGCACCGGACAAGAAGUAGCAUCUGCACUCCGAGCUAUGGGUCUGCCGAUCGGCCCUGUUGUCACCAUGGAGACAGUGAACAGGGCUGGGGCUCAGGAGGCGCUGAAAAGGAUCAGAGAGGCCGACAAAGUCAAAGUUGUCAUCAUGUGCAUGAGUUCAAUGCUGAUUGGUGGAGAGGAUCAGAGGGAGCUCCUGUUGGCUGCUCUGGACAUGGGGAUGGUAUCUGAUGGUUAUGUGUUCAUUCCCUAUGACACCCUCCUAUACGCCAUGCCGCACCAGGACACAAGAUUUCACCAGCUGACCAAUAGCACGCAGCUUCGUCACGCCUACAGCGCUGUCUUGACUGUUACCAUGGCAUCCGACCAAAGUUUCUACGAAGCUUUUCGCCAGGCUCAAAUCAGCCGAGAGAUUCGUUCUGCUAUCUCUGCUACAGAGGUGUCUCCACUGUUUGGGACCAUCUUUAACAUGGUAUACUUCGUUGCUAAGGCUGUGGAAGAACGUCGUGAGGCAGGCGGUGGGCACUGGGUGACAGGAAAUCAGCUCAUCCAAUCGGACGGAGGCUUUGAUUUCCAGGGCUUUAAUCAGGUGUUGUAUGGAGGUAGAGAGGGGCGUGGCCUACAAGCCAGGUAUGUGGUGCUGACCAGUGAUGGCGACCGCCUCGUUCCAACACACUCUCUUGCUCCGACUCAUGCUGGCGGGACAAUUGGAGGUUUAAAACCACUGAGGCACUCCAUCGUCUUCCCUGGAGGAAAACCCCCCACAGCCAGCUUUUGUUGGUUCGAUCCAGAAGAAGCUUGUGGUGGGGGUAAUGACCCAGUGACAAUGCUCUUCAUCGUCCUGCUGCUGUGUGCUGUGAUCCUAGUGUUUGUCUUUUGGAUCAGGAAGUACAAGAAAGCAGCAAACGUAACCAAACUGAUCCUGACUCUGGACGACGUCGCCUUCAUCGAUACUCAAGUCAGCAGGAAGAAACUGAAUGACGACUCGAUCAUGAGGAGCAUUGUGGAAAUUAAAACUCCUUUAUGCUCAGUGGCUCGAAGUUAUAUCCUGACAACACCAGAGAGCUCCAACGUUGGAAUACUGGAGGGUGACUGGGUUUGGCUGAAGAAGAUUCCUGUUGGAAACACAGUAACAGCUGUCAGUAAAAACACCCAGAGUCUGUUCAGCCAGUUGCGGGAGAUGCGUCACGAGAACCUGAACCUGUACCUUGGUCUGUUUUUGGAUUCGGGAAUCUUUGCUCUGGUGGUUGAACACUGUCCCAGAGGAAGUCUGGCAGAUCUGUUGGCUGACAGCAACAUGAGGCUGGACUGGAUGUUUAAAUCCUCCCUUCUCACAGACCUCAUCAAAGGGAUGAAGUACCUUCAUCUUCGAGGUUUGAGUCAUGGACGUCUGAAGUCCACAAACUGUUUAGUGGAUGGACGUUUUGUUCUUAAAAUUACAGACUAUGGAUUUCCCAUGCUCCUUCACUCCGAGAGCAUCAACCUUCCUGAGGACGCCCACGAGCUGCUGUGGACGGCCCCGGAGCUUUUAAGGAAUCCGGUCCGAGGAGGCUCAUUUGCUGGAGAUGUAUUCAGUUUCUCCAUCAUCAUACAGGAAGUGAUCUCGCGAACAAUGCCAUACGCCAUGAUGGACAUGCCGGCCCACGAGAUUGUCGAACGUCUGAAGCGGCCACCUCCUCUCUGCAGGCCGGUGGUUUCAGUGGACGAAGCUCCGACUGAGUGUCUCAAUCUGAUGAACGACUGCUGGAAUGAAGAUCCAAAUAAGAGGCCCAACUUUGACGACAUUUUCAAACAGUUUCGGGGCAUUAACAGAGGGAAGAGGGCAAACAUCAUCGACUCCAUGUUGCGGAUGUUGGAGCAGUACAGUUCAAACCUGGAGGAUCUGAUCAGAGAACGGACAGAUGAGCUGGAGGUUGAGAGAAACAAGACAGAGAAGCUGAUUGGACAACUCCUGCCAAAGUCUGUAGCUCAGUCACUGAAGAAAGGGAAGCCGGUCCAACCCGAACAUUAUUCAGACUCCACUCUUUACUUCAGUGACAUCGUCGGAUUUACCACAAUCUCAGCUCUCAGUGAACCCAUCGAGGUGGUGGACCUGCUGAAUGACCUUUACACCAUGUUUGAUGCCAUCAUCGCUACUCAUGACGUCUACAAGGUAGAAACCAUUGGAGAUGCGUACAUGGUGGCUUCAGGGGUCCCCAACAGAAAUGGGAAUCGUCACGCUGCUGAAGUGGCAAACAUGUCUCUGGACAUCCUGCACUCGAUCGGAGCCUUUAAGAUCAAACACAUGCCUGAGAUUAAAGUCAAGAUACGAAUCGGACUUCACUCUGGUGCGGUGGUAGCAGGUGUGGUGGGCCUGACCAUGCCCAGGUAUUGUCUGUUUGGAGACACAGUGACCACGGCGUCUCACAUGGAAGCCAGCGGGCUGCCCUACAGAAUCCACAUCAGUCUGAGUACAGUCAAGGUCCUGACCAGUCUCAAACUGGGCUACCACAUUGAUACCAGGAAGACCGAGGUGAAGGGCACAGAAGACACCUAUUGGCUAAUGGGCCGAGAAGGUUUCAACAAACCUCUUCCUGUUCCUCCAGACCUUACUGGAGGUGCCAGUAACCAUGGCAUCAGUCUGGAUGAGAUUCCAGUUGAGAGACGGCAAAAGUUCCUGGACCGACAGAAGAAGAAAUAAUGCCAAGACAGAGAUGUAUUUAAGGAAACACACGAACACAUAUUCAUAUAUAGAGAUGACCACUCAUUAAUGGAUCAACAGACACACACCUGUUGAACCAACCACAAACACAUGACACACACACACACACACACACACACACACACUACCUCAAACAUUUUAAGAAGUGGUGAGCAUUUCAGCCAAAUACAUUUAAACUAAUGAGAAGAUAACAAUGGUGGAGGAGAAGAUCUCUGACCAUUAGAAGAUUAUAGACAGAUCUGAUAUUGUACAGUUUGUGGUGAUUAAACACCAGCAGAGAGUAAUUUAAACAUGAAUGGACAACUGAAUAGUUUGAAUAGACAGUGAUUUUAAUCAUUUAUAUUAAACUUGUAAAUGUCUGUGCCUCUCAUCAGUGUAUACUGCUUUAUUCAGGAAUGUUUUUACUGUAACAACCUUCACACUGUUAUGAAUCAGUGUUACAUUUUGUCACCAUGUUGAAUGUAUGAAUCAAUUAACACAGACCUAGUUAUGUAGCUCGACAGACUGUCCCGUGUCACUGUUAGGUACUGGAUGAAUAAAUUUUUUAAAAAUGUGA